CUGAUAUCUAUUUCAUCAUGGGAGAUGCUGAAUCUAUAAAACAGUGCUGCAAAAUAGCACUAAAAUUUUGGGAGGAAUGAGACCCCAGGAAACAUCUGCUAUCUUUAAUACAUCCUCUCUUGGAGACUUUCAGCAAUGCUGUGGUGUGUGAGAAAAUGCUUGCAGUCUGCGACCAUGCUGAGUUACAGCUCGUGUGGAAAAAGGGGGAUUUUCACCCCAAUUGCUCAGUGACUCGGUUGCAUAUGUUGGAUUGAAUACUGGAAAAAGAAGUCAGUAAUCUCCACAGUAACUGCAAACCAACUGUAUCCAGUUGUGAUCCAAACAAUUGAUGUAAAAUUAAAUCCAAUCGGGAGAAAGUUGGAAUGCAAUAGAUCUGUGAAUGUGAGUUCCUCACAUUUGUUCAGUGAUCGGUAUGUAAAUUUUCUCAGUGGCCAUUCUAGAACCCAAUGGACAUCUGGCUUUAAUUCACACCUGUGAAAAAGAGCAAAAUUAUUUACAGCAUGUUUCCUUGGUUCUGAUGUGCAGAAUUAUUUUCCUCUGACCAGAUGAAUUUGAUCUCCUUUUUUUUUUUUAAUGUUAUUUGGUGCUGGGCUGUAGCUAUCAAAACCUUUGCUGGAGUAGUGGGGUUUUGUUUUUUUCCGCUCUCUUCAAACUAUACAGAACUACUACUUGCAAAACAUGAUAUAUCCAAGAGGACUUCAACAGACUGAUGUAAAAGGCUUCUCAGAUACUUUCUUUGGUCUCAGAUUUUUUUUGUUGAUUUUUCUUGUGGGCAAAGGUAAUUCUCUACUCUGUACUAGUAUAUCAAAAGCACCAGUAUCUUAAAACAUCGUUGGUUGAAAAGCUCUCUAGGAAGUUUUUUGCUGUCUGUGAAGCCUUACUGUAAGAUACUUUUGAAAUCAGAUUUCAGAAUUUGUACAGCCUCAGAAGCCUCCUCCAUUGGUACCUUCGAGUUUUGACUUCUUUUGGACUUCGUGAACAAAUACCAUUCUGUUUUUGUAUCUUUAUAAUUUUGUGUGUAGAUUCAAAUCUAGUUUGUUAGAAGCUAAGACUGUUAAAUAUUAGCCCUUUAUAAUUAUCUUGUAUGUGCAGAUUGUAUGUUUAUACAAUGGUCUACCUGUUGUAUAGUCUUUUUGAGAUGUUACCAUUUAAGAUGACACUUCAUUUCAAAUAAAAGCUUAUUGUUUCGCAGUUAAUAAUAUUUAAUGCUGGUGGUUGUGAGUUGUAUGAUGUUAUAUUGUGCCAUUGGACCACAAAGAGCUGGACUUGGGAAUUGGUGGUUCUGGGGUUGUCCUCUUUCUGCAGGUGAUGUUUGAAAUGUGAUUCCUGAGGUAAAGUGUUUAUGUUCUUGGGGGAAGAGGGUAUGGGGAGGGAUUGAAUGGUUCAUUUUUUUUGUCUUUUUUUUUUUUCCCCUGUCCCCAAUGAUUUGUGGUAUUGCGUACCUUGUGCUUUCUGCUUGUUUUUUUCUUUACUAUUAAACUGCUGAUGUUUAUUUCCAGGAAUGUUUUGCAAAUGUCCUUCUCACUCUUCCCCUCUACAACUGUAGGCAUUCGUUGUGAAACACCUCUUGGAGUAUACCCAGCAGAGUGAGUCCAACCUGCAGUACAGCUUGUUUUUAGUUUUUGGCAUCUUUAUGACGGAAGUGGUGCGAUCGUGGUCCCUGGCGCUAACCUGGGCGUUGAAUUAUCGCACGGGGGUCAGACUACGUGGGGCUGUCCUCACAAUGGCAUUUAAGAAAAUUCUUAAGCUGAAGAACAUCAAGGAGAAGUCUCUUGGAGAGCUCAUAAAUGUUUGUUCCAAUGAUGGUCAGAGGAUGUUUGAAGCUGCAGCUGUUGGCAGUUUGUUGGCUGGGGGCCCUAUUGUGGCCAUCUUGGGAAUGGUUUAUAAUGUGAUUAUUCUGGGUCCAACAGGCUUCUUGGGAUCUGCUGUCUUCAUCCUCUUCUACCCAGCAAUGAUGUUUGUGUCGCGCCUCACAGCUUAUUUCAGAAGAAAAUGUGUAGCAACAACAGAUGAACGUGUGCAAAAGAUGAAUGAAGUUCUUAAUUACAUUAAAUUCAUUAAAAUGUAUGCCUGGGUCAAACCAUUUUCUCAGAACGUUCAAAAAAUUCGUGAGGAGGAGCGCAAAAUCUUGGAGCGUGCAGGUUACUUCCAGAGCAUCACUGUGGGAGUGGCUCCCAUUGUUGUUGUCAUUGCCAGUGUGGUGACCUUUUCUGUCCAUAUGAUCCUUGGCUAUGACCUUACGGCAGCUCAGGCAUUCACAGUGGUCACUGUCUUUAACUCAAUGACUUUUGCUCUCAAAGUAACUCCAUUCUCAGUGAAGUCUCUGUCUGAGGCAUCUGUUUCUGUUGACAGAUUUAAGAGUUUAUUUCUAAUGGAAGAGGUUCAUAUGAUAAAGAAAAAACCAGCCAAUCCUCACACCGCGAUAGAGGUGAAAAAUGCUACCUUGGCUUGGGACUUCUCCCACGCCAGCGUCCAGAGCUCACCAAAGUUGACCCCCAAAGUGAAAAAAGACAAGAAAGUCACCAAGAGCAAGAAAGAGAAAAUGAAGCUACAGAAUGAGGGACAGCAAGCUGUGCUGGCAGAGCAGAAGGGCCAUCUUCUAGUGGACAGUGAUGACCAUCACAGCCCUGAAGAGGAGCACAAAAUCAUCCACCUGGUUAACCUUCGGCUUCAGAGGACUCUCUACAACAUUGACUUAGAGAUAGAAAAGGGAAAACUUGUUGGAAUUUGUGGCAGUGUGGGGAGUGGAAAAACUUCACUUAUCUCAGCAAUUUUGGGACAGAUGACCCUGCUGGAGGGGAGCAUUGCAGUGAGCGGCACCUUCGCCUACGUGGCCCAGCAGGCCUGGAUUCUCAACGCCACUCUCCGGGACAACAUCCUCUUUGGCAAGGACUAUGAUGAGGAAAGAUACAAUACUGUGCUAAAUGGUUGCUGUCUAAGGCCUGACCUGGCCAUCCUUCCAAAUGGGGACCUGACAGAGAUUGGUGAACGAGGAGCUAACCUGAGUGGGGGACAGCGUCAGAGAAUCAGUCUGGCUCGAGCCCUGUACAGUGACAGGGACAUUUACAUCCUCGAUGACCCCCUUAGUGCCUUAGAUGCUCAUGUUGGAAAUCACAUUUUUAACAGUGCAAUAAGGAAGCACCUGAAGUCAAAGACUGUCCUUUUCAUCACGCAUCAGCUUCAGUAUCUUGUUGACUGUGAUGAAGUGAUCUUCAUGAGAGAAGGCUGCAUUACCGAGCGAGGCAGUCAUGAGGAACUGAUGAAUUUAAACGGGGAUUAUGCAACUAUUUUUAAUAGCCUACAGCUGGGAGAAACACCACAUAUUGAGAUUAAUAUAAAGAAGAACACAAACAAUUCACUGAAAAGUCCCCAGGAUAAAAGUACCAAAACAGGGUCUGUGAAGAAGGAGAAAGUUGUAAAGAAGGAAGAGGAGGGCCAGUUGGUCCAGUUGGAAGAGAAAGGCAAAGGCUCUGUCCCCUGGUCUGUUUAUGGUGUCUACAUUCAGGCAGCUGGAGGCCCCUUUGCAUUCCUCAUCAUCAUGGCACUGUUUGUGCUGAAUGUGGGCAGCACAGCUUUUAGCAACUGGUGGCUGAGUUUCUGGAUCAAGCAAGGCAGUGGAAACACCACUGUGACUUUGGGAAAUGAGACCGUCAUAAGCAACAGUAUGAAAGAUAACCCUCACAUGCAUUACUAUGCUGGCAUCUAUGCACUGUCUAUGGCAGUUAUGUUGGUCCUGAAAGCUGUUCGUGGUGUGGUCUUUGUAAAGGGAACUCUCAGAGCAUCCUCAAGGCUCCAUGAUGAGCUCUUCCGACGGAUUCUGCGUAGCCCCAUGAAGUUCUUUGACACUACCCCCACUGGGAGGAUCCUCAACAGGUUUUCCAAAGACAUGGAUGAAGUUGAUGUUCGUUUGCCAUUUCAAGCGGAGAUGUUCAUCCAGAAUGUCAUCCUUGUGUUCUUCUGUGUGGGAGUGAUUUCUGGGGUUUUCCCCUGGUUCCUGGUGGCAGUGGGGCCCCUCAUUGUCCUGUUCACAGUUCUGCAUGUUGUGUCUCGAGUCUUUAUUCGAGAGCUCAAGCGUCUGGACAACAUCACACAGUCUCCAUUCUUGUCUCACAUUACUUCUAGCAUCCAGGGUCUCUCCACAAUCCAUGCCUACCACAAAGGACAGGAAUUUCUGCACAGGUACCAGGAGCUGCUGGAUGACAACCAGGCCCCGUUUUACCUGUUCAGCUGCGCCAUGCGCUGGCUGGCUGUGCGCCUGGACAUCAUCAGCAUUGCUCUGAUCACAACCACUGGCCUUAUGAUUGUCCUGAUGCAUGGCCAGAUCCCUCCUGCCUACGCUGGGCUGGCCAUCUCCUAUGCUGUGCAGUUAACAGGUUUAUUCCAGUUUACGGUCAGACUGGCUUCAGAGACAGAAGCUCGUUUCACCUCAGUGGAGAGGAUUGACCACUAUAUCAAGACACUUUCCCUGGAAGCUCCUGCUCGAAUUAAGAAUAAAACUCCUCCCCUAGACUGGCCACAGGAAGGUGAAGUUGUUUUUGAAAAUGCAGAGAUGCGGUACCGAGAGAACCUCCCUCUAGUACUUAAAAAAGUGUCCUUUACCAUCAAACCCAAGGAAAAGAUUGGCAUUGUGGGGAGGACAGGCUCAGGGAAGUCUUCCCUUGGAAUGGCACUCUUUCGUCUCGUUGAGCUGUCUGGAGGCUGCAUUAAAAUUGAUGGAGUAAAAAUAAAUGACAUUGGCUUGGCAGAUCUUCGGAGCAAACUCUCCAUUAUCCCUCAGGAACCUGUGCUGUUCAGUGGCACUGUGAGAUCAAACUUGGAUCCUUUCAAUCAGUACAGUGAGGAACAAAUCUGGGCUGCUUUGGAAAGGACUCACAUGAAGGAGUGUAUUGCACAGCUGCCUAUGAAGCUUGAUUCAGAAGUGAUGGAAAAUGGGGAGAACUUUUCUGUUGGAGAGAGACAGUUACUGUGCAUAGCUAGAGCUCUGCUGCGUCGUUGCAAGGUAUUGAUCCUGGACGAAGCAACAGCUGCUAUGGACACAGAGACAGACUUACUGAUCCAGGAGACCAUCAGAGAGGCAUUUGCAGACUGCACUAUGUUAACAAUUGCUCAUCGCCUGCACACGGUCCUGGGCUGUGAUCGGAUCAUGGUGCUAACACAGGGACAGGUAGUGGAAUUCGACACCCCGACUGCCCUUCUGGCCAAUGAGAACUCGCGCUUCUAUGCUAUGUUUGCUGCUGCAGAGAACAAGGUUGCUGUCAAGGGCUGAAAUUCAGGGCAAAGUCACUUUAAUUUUGGAGAGCUAUGCUCCCUGCCUGUGGCAGGCCAGCUCUUCCUCCUCCUUGCAGAUUAUUGCCUUUUCAUCUUUUAAUUUUUAGCACAAUGUGUCAAGCCAGAGAGUUUUUAAAACCAUGUCAGAAGAACUCUUCAUGUUUUUAUUAUUGUAUUUAUUCCAUAUUACUAAUUUUUUGUUAUUAAAUGCACUCUACAAAUGGCUCAGGGAGCCAUAGUUAUAAAUGUAUCAGAGGCCUAUAAUGAAGCUUUAUACAUGUAGCUAUAUCUAUACAUAAUUCUGUAUAUAGCCUAUAUUUACAGUGGAAAUGUAAGCUGUUUAUUUUAUAUUAAAAUAAGCACUGUAUUAAUAACAGUGCAUAUUCUUUUCUAUCAUUUUUGUACAGUUUAUGGUACCAGAGAUCUGGCUUUAUCGGACUGUAUCAGACAACAUUUUGCCUUUUACAGUUCGUCUUUUCCUAGUGCCGGAUUUUCUGCGUGUCUGAGUGGAAGUGAAGCUUUGCAAUAGUGUCCUUUAUUGUCACAUCUUUGUCUAGCGCAGCAGAGAAGAGCUCUGUGGUGUAACUAUUGCAUUGUCAGUUAUCAAAGCUAUUUGGGGCAUCGCUAAUGUUCACCACAGCAGCGGCUGCUGCUUCCCAUGAUGCUUUUCCAAAGCAGGGUUUUUAGUGAUCCGAGUGGAGAACCACUCCUGGGUCACAUUAAGGCCUUGUAUUUUCUCAGUGUCCUGACACAGUAUUUCUUACUGUAUCAGCAGAGUUUAUUUUAAUGCAAGCAAGCCCAAGCUCUUCCUGCUUCGCUGAUCUAACACAACCAAAAUCUUACUGUUUGUGGAAUGAUCUGUAACAAAUUAAUCAUAAGGUUCAAAUCAUACCCUGUAUCUGGCAGGAAAGCCUUUUAAGAGUUGCUUCAGCUGACUGACUCUUUAUCUUGAAGCUGCUAACACUCCUCAAGGUUUAGGUUGGCUUUCACUGGCAUGGGUAACACUAACUCUUUGUUCUGCUCACUUAUACUAAGAUUAAUCAACAUUGAUAUUUCCUGUUUCUUUCUUGCACACUUGUUAAGGAAGCAGUCCUCGACCCCACAUCUUCUGGAACCUUAAAGGGGUUCCUGUUGAUCAGGAUGUAACACUGGUGUAGGACAUGGUUUUCUUACUGUAAAUGACCUACCUCAGGUUACUGGGUCCUGCGUAGUGCGUUGCCAUGAUCACUGUACACCAUCCCUGUUUUCUGGGACCUGUGGCCCAGGGGGACACAGUUGCUCCUGUGAUAGCUGUGACUUAUUGAAUGGUCAGCGUUGCAUGUCUUUGUCAACUUGGACAUUUUGUAGCCUUAGCAUGUUUGCAAAAUGUCUCACUGAGGCAGAAAUCUGAA